AUGGCCUCUAGCAACAACGCACUCGCCCCUGUCCCUGAGGCCCUUGUCGAGCUAGUCACCAAGCUACACGAAGUCGUUACCACUCAUCCUACCGGCGUCCCAUUCAUCGACGCGCUCUCGCCUACCACCCGUGCACUUCUCGCAUCUAGCUCUGUCCUCGCAGUUCUCGUCGAACUCCUCGUCCGCGGUCAACGCGUCAAAUCUUUGAAAACCAAAGCUGAGAGCAUGAACAAAGCGAAAGGAGGAUCGGGCCAGUAUGUCGACUCGGAGGAUCUGGGAGCUGCGAUAGAGGAGGCGAGGAGACUUGGAGGUCUUGCCGAGAAGGAAUGGGAGUACGAUGUCAUUGUCGUUGGUGGAGGAACGAGUGGAUGUGCAUUGGCUGCGCGCCUUUCCGAGGAUCCGAAUUUGAAGGUUCUUCUCCUCGAGGCUGGAAUCUCUGGAAAGACCCUUCCUCGGUCCGUUAUGCCCUCAGGCUUCGGUGGUCUGUUCUGGGGUAAACACGUUCACCAGUUGAGAACCGAGCCUCAGCAGUACGCUGGAGGAAAGACAAACUUCUGGCCUCGUGCAAAGAUGCUCGGAGGAUGCUCUUCGAUCAAUGCUCAAAUGGCUCAAUAUGGCGCCCCAGGAGACUUUGACGAAUGGGCCACAGUCACAGGGGAUGACUCUUGGGCAUGGAAGAACUUCGCCGCGUACUUUAGGAAGUUUGAGAGGUUCAAUCCUCAUCCGGAGUACCCCGACGUGGAUAUGAAGAACAAGGGCACUGACGGACCUGUCGACGUUGGCUACUUUAACACUGUAACCCCGCCUAGCAAGGCCUUUAUCAAGGCUUGCGUUGCUGUUGGAAUUCCUUUCACCCCGGAUUUCAACGGCCUUAAUGGAACGCUUGGAGUUAGCAGGAACCUUACUGUUGCCACCAAUGCUACUGCCACCCGCAUCAUCUUUGACACCACCUCUCUCGGCUCAGCAGCCGAACCCAGGGCAGUCGGCGUUGAGUUUGCAAAGACCGAGCAAGGGAAGAGGUUCAAGGUCUAUGCAAAGCGGGACGUUGUCGUUUCCGGAGGAGCUGUCCACACCCCUCACCUCCUCAUGCUCUCAGGUGUAGGACCUCAGGCCCACCUAGAGAAACUCGGUAUCCACGUUGUGAAGAACCAUCCCAACGUCGGUCAGAACCUUGUCGACCACCCUGUCAUCGACGUGUACUUCAAGGACAAGCAUAACCAGAGUGCAAACUAUUUGAAACCCAAGAGUCUCGGUGAUGCCGUCAAGUUGUUCAAGGCUAUCUGGCAGUACAAGAUCGAGAAGACAGGCGGACCUUUGGCUAUGAAUUUUGGUGAAUCGGCCGCGUUUGUGAGGUCGGAUGAUAGGAGCUUGUUCCCGGCGGACAAGUUCCCUGAGCAGUUGAAGGAUAGCACUUCUGCCGCCAACAGCCCUGAUCUCGAGUUCUUCUCCACGCCAUUUGCAUACAAGGAGCAUGGAAAGAUUAUGUUUGAUGUGCACACUUACGCUUUACACUGCUACCUGCUACGCCCCACGAGCAAAGGAGAAGUCCUCCUCAAGUCCGCCAACCCCUUCGUCCAGCCGAGCGUGAACCCCAACUACCUCCAAACCACCGAAGACGUGAAGAAACUCGCUCGGGGCCUCUACCUCAUGCUCAAGAUCGCCCAAACCGAACCUCUCGCCUCGCAUCUCGAUGCUACCUUCACGCGUGAAGAUCUCGAUCACCAAACUCACCUCAAGUCGCCUCAGGAAUUGGAGGAACUCGUGAGGGAGCGUGUCGAGACCGUGUAUCACCCCACGACGACGUGCAAGAUGGCACCAGAGGACAAGGGUGGUGUUGUUGAUACCAAGUUGAGGGUGUAUGGCAUCAAGGGGUUGAGAGUGUGCGAUGCUAGUAUUUUCCCCUACAUUAUUUCUGGACACACGGCUGGUGGAUGCUUUGCUAUUGCCGAGAAGCUGGCAGAUGAGAUGAAGGCUGAGUAUCGCUCCUAAGGGUUUUGGGCUAGGGGAUUUCUUGUGAUUUAUUCGCUUGUUUGUAUCUACUGUACUCUCCUUGAACCUGUUGCAUGUAAUGAUAUCACUUCAUUCUUUUCAGUUUGACUU